AUGCAGACCCUCAGUGCCCAGUGCCACAAAGCGGCAGAGAUGAUGGCCAAAUCUACGGCCGAGCAAGAUAACGAGUCCGAAACUACGGCGGAGCGAGACAUCGAUUCCGACUUUCUCUCGCAAAGCUCUUACGUAGAUGAGGAUGAUGACGCCGGUGACGCCGAGAUCGACGACGAGAUCACAGCGAUCACCGCAUCGAUGGUUCACUGCAACCACCACCACCACGGCGACGCUGCCGUAGCAGAUCCUGAGUCGCGGAGCGCCGCGUCAUCCUGCGACGACCGUUCGGCUCGAAAGCGUGCCCUCAACGGGAACAGCGACGAGCACCGACGAGAGUCGACCAAAGGGUGGGGCAGUCUGCCGGCCGCGACCAAAGGGUGGGGCGUCUUGCCGGCCCACGCCUCGGGGGCUCCAGCGGGGCCAGACUCGGGGCCAGGCUCGGGGCCAGGGCCACUCCUCGGCCGGCUGCCAGAGGAUUUUGGCACAUGGGGCAUGCCUUCGUCGGGGGGCGGGGGACGGGGCUCCGGCUGA